AACUGUGUUCGUGCGGGCUUGUGAUCGCCAGUAGCUCUGUUCCGGGCGGUGGCGGAGGUGGGGGGAAGCGCCAUGGCCGCCGAUUCCGCGAGGUGCGGCUGGGGAGGCGUCAUCCUGCUUCUCCUGGCACUCUGCUUGCAGUCGCCAUCCACCCAGUCCCGCAGUCUCCGUUUUGUAACACUGGUGUACCGGCACGGAGACCGCUCGCCCAUCAAGGCCUACCCACGGGACCCCUACCAAGAAAGUGCCUGGCCCCAGGGUUUUGGGCAGCUCACGCAGGUGGGAAUGCGGCAGCAGUGGGAGCUGGGCCAGGUCCUGCGGCAGCGCUACCGCGACUUUCUCAGUGCCAGUUACCGGCGGCAGGAGAUUUUCAUCCGCAGCACUGACUGUGAUCGGACGCUGAUGAGCGCGGAGGCCAAUCUAGCAGGCCUGUAUCCCCCAGAGGGACAACAGGUGUUCAACCCUAACAUCUCCUGGCAGCCUAUCCCUGUGCACACAGUGCCUGAGUCUGAGGAAAGGCUACUGAAGUUUCCUUUGACCCCCUGUCCACGGUAUGAACAGCUACAGAAGGAAACACGGCACUCAGCAGAAUAUGUAAAUAAGACAAAAGAGAAUUGGCAAUUUCUGCAGAUGGUGGCAAACAAAACUGGGAUCCGGGAUGUCUCUCUGGAGUCUGUUUGGAGCGUGUAUGACACAUUGUUCUGUGAACAAGCACACAAAAUGGAUUUGCCUGUAUGGGUGACGCCAGAUGUCAUGGCUCAGCUGAAGCAACUAAAAGACUUUGGGUUUGAAUUUCUUUUUGGGAUCCACAAUCGGGUAGAAAAAGCUCGUCUGCAAGGCGGGGUCCUGCUGGAUCACAUAAGGAAAAACCUAACAAAAGCAGCAGCAGAUGUUUCUGCCCACCAGAACCUGAAACUACUUGUCUAUUCAGCGCAUGACACCACACUUGUGGCACUGCAGAUGGCUCUAGAUGUCUACAACAAGAUUCAAGCACCAUACGCUUCAUGUCAUUUAUUUGAGCUGUACCAAGAGGAUGAUGGUAACUUCUCUGUGGAGAUGUUUUUUCGGAACGAGAGUGGGAAGGAACCUUUUCCCUUGACAGUCCCUGGCUGUCAACAUAAAUGUCCACUGCAAAGAUUCUUAGAACUUACAGACACUGUUGUUCCCCAGGACUGGGAGCAAGAAUGCCAUGUAGCAAGCAGCAUACAUGACACAGAAGUAUUUGUGGGUCUGGCUGUGUGUGGAUCCAUUCUCCUUCUCCUUAUAAUCCUCCUUUUGACUGUACUCUUUCGCAUACAAUCUCAGCCUCCUGGGUACCGGCACGUUUCCAAUGAGGGAGAAGAGCAGCCCUGACAAUGCUUCAACUGCUUCCCAGGCAGGAGGGAGUAGUGUUGCCUCUAAAGAAUGAUUGAGCACCUUCAAUUACUGAGCAUUCUGCUUAGGCCGUUCUUUCCCAGAAUGAAGCUGGACUUGAUUUUUGGAUGCUUUCUAAAAGGUGAUGUCCCAGAGAGAGGACUGAACUGCUCUAAUGGAAAGGACACCUUACCUCUGAAGCCAGUAUACUUUGUGGUGCCCCUUAGUCCUCAUACAUCUUAAUCAGUCUGGGAUUCCCAACAUGAUCAGUUGGAGAUGGUCAAGUUUUCCUCCUUUCAAGUGACUGUAAAUGUUACCACUUGCAACUGUAGCAAAGGGGCAUGGGCCUCCAGCAGCUGCCACAUCGAGUGCAGUCAGGAGUUGUUGCAUCUCUCUUCAGUGUCAGCCUGCUUUGAGUGCCUUUCUCAAGCUCUUGGGCUGAUGAUAGUGAGAAGGCUGGGCUUGAAGCAGAGGGGGCGUUUUACCAGCAGCACACAGAGACUGCCCAUGCAGAGGGCACUGCUGCAGAUGAUGGCAGACAGUGAAAAGUGUUUCUUGAGAGUGCUGCCAAGUAGUUGCUGCUGGCAACUGGUGUUUUUUUUUCCUUCCUCAGGUAGUUCAAGAGAGGGCUGGACCAGAAUCAGGACAAGAUUGAAAACCUGGCGGUAGUUUCUAGGAUUCAUCUCAGAGUAGGUUAUAUAUUAUCCAAAGGAACUGAGAGCUUCAUCGGGGGAUGAAUUCCUGUGACCAUAGCAGACUCAGACCCCAUUUCUUGUGCAGUGAGAGAGAAUUCUUGUAAAUAUGAAACUUGGGCCCUUUCAGCCUUUUAAUUUUACUUCCUCACCUUUCAAAUUUCAAGUAUGAAUUACAGAGAAUAUCCAGUACUGCAGGCAGUCCAGAUUUCAGCUAUGAGCCCAAAAAAUAUGCUUUACUAGCAGAACAGUUUUAGACUGCAACUAAAAGAGAUGUAGCAGAGCUGUUUACCCAAGACUAGAUUAAAUGCCAUCUUCUGUAGCUUUUCUUCUCAUCUUUCCUAUUGUAAAGAUCCCAAACAAAUGUCAAACCGUUAAGGAUCAGGGUUUGUAGGUUACUGGACCCUUUUAUUUGGCAUGUUUUGCCAUUUUGUCCAAAAUGGAAUUUUUUACUCCAGGCUGGUCUCUCUGUGCACUGCAGCUGCUACAGGGAACAUCACACCAAGUACUCGCCACCUGCCUUGUAACUUUUGGCAGAAACCAAGAGACUGCAGCAGGCAUCAGAAGCACAGGCUGCUCACAUGGUGAUGCUGCAUAUUCACUUCCCACUUCUACUUCCUUUUCUGGUGCAGUUCCCUUUCCCUUCUUAGUGGCAGAAACCAGUUACAGACAUUUGCUUUUCUUCCCCUAUGGAGUACCAUGGGGACUUCUCCUGUACCAUAAUCAGCAGCUGCCAGCAUGGGAACUCUAAAUCAGCAUAAGCAGCUUGCUGUUCUCAGCAUCUUCCUCACCUCUGUGUCCUCUGAAGAUAUAAUCUAGGUCUCCUGCACAGCAAGACAGUCAUAAAUAAAAAGAUACUGCCUGCAAAAACAGGCACAAGAAAGAGGUAAUAGAAAGUGCACUGACGAGGAACAGACCCAAUCUUUUUAAAGGCAACACAUUUUGCACACAGAGGAAAGGUUUCAAUAAUUUAGACUUUUUGACUGUGAAUGACUUUCUGUAAUUGUUCAAAUACAUUUAAUUAUUAAAAUCAAAUCCACACUGAA